CCUGAUGAUGAGACAUGAAUAUAUAAGCAACACAAGGCCGCAGCCCUGCAUUGCAGUGUUAGGAAAACAACGUCGUCGGUAAACUUUCAAGCAUUCUAAAGAGGACGAACAGAACGGUGGAGUCAUGCUGGUUUUUGCCCUGCUUUUCGUCUCGUCAGCUGUGGCCACCCCUCUCCCUCUGCUGGGUACAGAGCAGUGUGCUCGCGGCACCUCCUACUGGUGUCAGAAUGUGAAGACGGCCUCCCUCUGUGGAGCGGUCGCCCACUGCCAGAAGAACGUGUGGAACCAGCCUCAGAUGAAAUCGGUGCCAUGUGACCUGUGUAAGGAGGUGCUGGUCGUGGUGGAGCAGCUGCUGAAGGACAACAAAACAGAGUCUGAGAUCCUGGGCUACAUGGAGAAGGCUUGCCAGCUGAUCCCAGAUCAGGGUCUGUCUGCGGAGUGUAAGGAGAUGGUAGACAGCUACUACCCCGUCCUCAUCAGCAUCAUCACAGGAGAGCUGGACGACCCCAACGUGAUGUGUGCAGCCAUGGGUCUGUGUGGCUCUCUGCGGGCGGCCAUGGCUAAACUCCAGAUCCAGACCAACGACAUCUCCCAGCUGGACCUCUCCCAGGCCGCCUCCCCCUUCCUCCUCAACGUGCCCCAGCUGCUCUACCCCCAGAAGGAGGCCCCCCAUAAGGAGGCCCCCUCACAGGAGAACGGGGACGUGUGCCAGGACUGUGUGCAGUUCCUGACCGACACCCAGCAGCAGGCCAAGACCAACUCUACCUUCGUCGACAGUCUCAUCGAGCAGAUCGAGAGCCAGUGUGACCUGCUGGGGCCCGGCAUCUCUGACCUGUGUAAGCAGUACGUCAGCCAGUACGCUCCUCUGGUGGUGCAGCAGCUCAUGUCCAUGCAACCCAAGGACAUCUGUGCCCGUGCCGGCUUCUGUACCGCCAUGAAGAGGUCUGUGCCCAUGAUGUCCCUGGUGGCAGCCCAGGUGGUGCCCUCCGCCCAGAUGAUCCCUGCUACCAAGGUGGAGGUUCCCAAGCAUGGCAAGAACAUGGUGCGUGUCCGUGACUCUCCCCAGUGCGCCAUCUGUGAGUUUGUGAUGAAGGAGAUCGAGGACACCCUGGAGGAUGAGACCACCGAGGCGGACGUGAUCCACGCGGUGGAGAAGGUGUGCUCGGUGCUGCCCGCCUCCCUGUCUGCUCAGUGCCGGGACCUGAUCGAGGCGUACGGCCAGGCCAUCAUCGAGCUGCUGGUGCAGCAGGCCGACCCCAAGUCAGUGUGCACUGUGCUGGGGCUGUGCAAGGACGCCAGCCGCGCCUUCAUCCCGGCGAUGGACCAGGCCCGCUUCCAGUCAGGUGGGUACUGUGACGUGUGCAAGAUGGCGGUCCGCUACGUGGACGGCAUCCUGGAGCAGAACGCCACGGAGGCUGAGAUCUCUGACGCCGUCAGGAAGGUCUGCAGCUUCCUGCCCGAGUCUGUCCGGAGCGAGUGUGACCAGCUGGUAGAGCAGUACGAGCCCAUGCUGGUACAGCUGCUGCUUCAGAUGUUGGACCCAGACUUCGUCUGCAUGAAGGUGGGAGCGUGUCCAGAGGCAGUGCAGCGUCUGCUGGGUGUGGAGCAGUGCAGCUGGGGUCCAGCCUUCUGGUGUAAGAACAUGGAGACGGCCACGCGCUGCAAUGCGGUGAACCACUGCAAGCGCCACGUGUGGGUGUAGAGGGUGGCAUGGCCAGGAGCACAACCAGCCCACUCGGACCUGGAGGACAAUUAGGGAGAAAUACUGUAACGCUGCUUUCCACUUUUAAAUCAGUUUCUUUUUUUUUCUUUUUAAAUCUUCAAAAGCCAACUGCAAGUUAUGUUUUUGGGGAGUGAAACUGACCAGCCGAUUUUAGUUGAGGGAGAAGUGUGUGUGUGUGUGUGUGUGUCGGGGAACGGAGGUGUCUGGUGGCCAAAUAGAUUUUCUCCCAGGCCAGGGGCAGGUAGGACCAGGGUUUGUUUUGGCCCAAGUUUGGGUCGGUUUGUUUUAGUUACAACGGCAGGUUGGGCAACCCAACCCUAAAAAAAGCAGAUUUGUGUAUCUAUUAGUUGUACUGUAAUGAGUCUCUCUAAUGGGUGUUUUGUUUGUGUACAGUAACUUUCUCUAGCUAUGGUUUCACAUGUGGCUUCCAGGAUGCUGUGUAGGGUGCAGGUGGGUUGAAGGAGGUCAUACUCUGAUAGGGUUGAGGCAGGCUGCUAGGCUUCCUGCCUAGUUCAGUAUCCUGCAGCAAAUAAUCAACCACCCAGAACCACUCUCUAUUCCUAACAGUUUCAGACACAGACAGAUUUGUUUUUAAACUAGACUGAUCGUAAUACAAGUUGAUCUGUUUUGUCAAAACUGUUGUGUUGUAACUGAGGUGAGGGAGAGGAGGGUUGAUGUGUCCAAGUGACCCCCUCAGCACUGGCUCCCCUGUCUGGAUUCUCACCCUGUGUUGUUUGUGAUUGAUAGCUUAUUGUGUUCUGACACCCACAGAUUCAUAUCUUGAGCCAAUUUGUCAGGUGAUCUGUUAAAUCUUUAACAACUGAAAUAAAAUCUUCCUAAAUCCGA